AUGCUGAACCCUACGCCCCUUCUCUCCGGGCUCAGUGAUGGCACUCUCCCUGUCACAGCAGGGUGGAUUGCUCUGAUCUGGUACGCAUUCAUCCUGGGAGUUUGCGCCUUGGGCUAUUUCCAGAUAUGGAGGUAUUUCCUCGUCCAACCGACAAAAUCCCGACUAGGGAACGCCUCCGACGCACCACACGUCACCGCCAUCCGUCCCGUCAAAGGCCUCGAGCCACACCUCUACGACUGUCUCGCCGCAACCUUCACACAAGAUUACCCACGCGACAAACUCACCAUCUGUCUCUGUGUCUCAACGCGCAAUGACCCAGCCUACCCCGUCCUCCGCAAGCUAGUCGCCGAUUUCCCAGAUGUCGACGCGCGCGUUCUCAUCGAAGAAGAGGAUCCCCUCUUGCACGAUGACAGUGCGUACAGCCUUGGCCCGAACCCCAAGAUCCGAAAUAUGAGUCGUGCCUAUCGUGAGGCGAAGGGCGAUAUCGUCUGGAUCAUCGAUUGCAAUGUCUGGGUGGGGAAGGGCGUGUGUGCCCGCAUGGUGGACAGGCUGUGUGGGACCGGCGCAACACCAGGCAAAAAGUACAAAUUUGUCCAUCACUUGCCUGUUGCCGUUGAUGUGACGGGGGAGAACAAUCUUCGGGAAGAGCGACAGGCUUUAUUAGACGCUAGUCCGCAGACUGCGGGUGAUGCGGCUAUACCUUCUGUUCGUCCAGAGGACGGACCUGCAGCCAUGAUCUCAGCCGGAGGCGGUCGCCUCGAAGAGCUCUUCCUGUCCUCCGCCCAUGCGAAGAUGUAUACAGCCAUCAAUACGGUUCUCGUGGCCCCAUGUAUCGUGGGCAAGUCCAAUAUGUUCCGGCGGUCACAUCUGGACUACCUCACUAGUUCUCCUGCGGGGAACGAGGCUCGGUAUCCCGGUAUUGAUUUCUUCUCGGAUAAUAUCUGCGAGGACCAUCUGAUCGGAGAUUUGCUUUGGAAAAAGCAGGUUCGAGAAGAGAAAGAGCUUCGAGAGCGGUGGGGGAAACACGCCAUGGUUUUCGGCGAUCUGGCUAUUCAGCCUGUCGCUAACAUGAGUGUGCCGGCGUAUAUCGCCCGUCGGGUUCGGUGGCUGCGCGUCCGCAAAUUCACUGUCCUACUCGCUACCCUCGUCGAACCGGGUACCGAGUCCCUUUUGUGCACUGUUUACGGUGCAUUUGGCAUCACUACUGCAUUGGCGCCACACUUAGAGAGGAAAGGCGUCCAAUUCGCCCCGUGGCUUGGAUCAUGGGCCGCUUUCUUCAUGCUGUUUGCUUUUGGCAUGAUUUCUUGGAUCUUAGUGGACUGGACCUUGUACAUCAAGCUACAUUCCGCAAGGUGUAUUGAAGUUGAUGAAGACACGCCAUCAUUCGCGCGUCCUCAGCGGUACCGGUCUCAAACUACGCGGCGCCCAUUCAGGCAGUGGUUUGCCGCGUGGCUGGGUCGCGAACUGCUCGCUCUACCCAUCUGGGUGAUGGCCGUGUAUGGCGGCGUGACGGUUGUCUGGCGAGACCGACGUUUCAAAGUUGGUUUCGAUGCCAAAGUGCGUGAGAUUGACCCCGCCGCCGCGCCUGUGGAAGGCCCUUCGAUGGGAAGUACGGGCAAGGUCCGUAGUGAUUGA